AUGCAGAUGAACACCUCCCACCUUCCAACCCCAUCUUCCCUUCCCUCCAUCCGGAACAUCCAAUUCCCCGUGUCCUCCUUCGCCUCGGUCAUCGAUCCCAUCCCCUUCCCACAUCCUCCCACCGCUGCUCAUCUAAAGGCAAUGAGGACUAGAGCAAGAUGCGCUUCACUAAACCGCUCUGGCUGAGCCAUGGCGGAGAGAAGAAGGAACAUGAAGUCUACAGCUGCCACGUGUCUCCAGACGGCACGCGUCUGGCGAGUGCAGGAGGAGACGGACAAGUACGCAUCUGGUCCACCGAAGCCAUCCUUAACGCCUCCAACCCCUCCUACACCAAGCCGAAGCAGUUGGCCAACCUCAGCUACCAUUCCGGCACCGUGCUGUCCGUCCGCUUCAGCUCGAAUGGGAAGUACGUCGCGUCCGGUGCAGACGACAAGAUUGUGUGUGUAUACCGCUUGGAGGAGGGCGCACCGACGGGAUAUGCGUUUGGGAGCAAAGAGGAACGUCCGGUGGAGAAUUGGAGGAUCUUUCGUCGACUGAUUGGGCACGACAACGAUGUUCAAGACCUGGGCUGGAGCUACGACAGUUCGAUCUUGGUUUCCGUCGGUCUGGACAGCAAAGUCGUCGUCUGGUCGGGAAGUACCUUUGAGAAGCUCAAAACUCUCUCCCAGCACCAGAGCCAUGUCAAGGGCAUCACGUUCGAUCCUGCCAACAAGUACUUUGCCACCGCUUCGGAUGACCGGAGUAUCAAAAUCUACCGCUUCACCUCUCCUCCUCCUAACGCCACGGCACACGAUCAAACGUCGAAUUUCGUCUUGGAAAAGACCGUCACCGAGCCCUUCACUACUUCCCCCCUCACCACAUACUUUCGCCGGCCAAGCUGGAGUCCGGAAGGCGCACACAUCGCCGCUGCAAAUGCGGUUAACGGACCUGUCAGCUCGGUGGCGGUCAUCAGACGAGGCGACUGGGACAGCAGCAUCCACCUCAUCGGCCACGAAGGACCUGUUGAAGUGGUCGCCUUUUCGCCUCGUCUAUUCUGCCGCGAGCCGCCACCUCCGAUGACUGACUCCAAAGACUACGUUGCGCCCACUACCGUCACCAUCGUUGCUUGUGCAGGACAGGAUAGAACCCUGAGCAUCUGGAACACGAGCCUGGCGCGACCGUACGUGACUACGGCUGAGCUGGCCGCGAAGAGCAUCUCCGAUCUUGCGUGGAGUCCUGAUGGGGAGGUCGUCUACAUCACUGCACUAGAUGGAACUAUCGCCGCCGUUGUCUUUGAGCGCGGAGAGCUGGGCUACCCAGCGCUUGUGGCUGACAACGAGAAGGCUCUUUCCAAGUUUGGAGCCGGCAGGAGAGUAGGCCUUGCAGAGAAUGCAGAUGCAUUGCGACUGGAAGAGGGCAGUAAGGCGGGAGAGCUGAAGGGCGUGGAAGGCAGAAUGGGGGAGUUGAUGGGAGACGGUGUUGCCGCUGCGGCGUCUGGUGUCGACGGCGGGGACACCCAUAUGCAAGAUGCGCCAACUACCAAUGGUCUCACGAACGGCAUCGCUGCCACAUCCAAAGAAGCAACACCCGCGCCUGCUCCCAAAGACCCUCAGACCGAGAAGGCAGACAAGCUGAAGCAGCGCGUUACCAUCACGAAGGAGGGAAAGAAGCGCAUCGCUCCACUGCUGGUUUCGUCCUCAAACCAAGGGGAGAUGAAUCUGCCUCGGCCGCAACUGCAGGCUGCUCUUCGACAAAAUGCCGUCAGCGAUGAGCCUGCAAAAAUUCUGGACCUGAGCAAGCCAUACGACGGUCUACCCAAAGGAGGCCUGGCGAGUCUGCUGAUCGGAAACAAACGAAAAUACGCAGAAGUGGAAGGUGACGAUGAGACGAAGAAAAACGAGAAACGGGUCCAAGCCGUGCAGCAACAAAGUGGUGCUACACCAGUCGUGCAGAACACCGGAGAUGGACUUGUGCCGGCUUCUGGCCCCAAGACCGCGCCUGGAGAGCCCGAAAAGGUACCUGAGGUGCUCCGCCCGGCCGUGGUCAAUCCCAGCCUUUCCGUCAGCCAGAUCAGGCUGGCGGUGCCAAUGGUCCGCAGUGUGAUUGUCCGGCCACUGGACCCAACCAAGGCCACCGCCGAAAACGGAGAGCAGUCGAUGCAGAUUGACGGCGUCCAGCCGCAGUCGGAUGCAGAAGGCUCGAUUGUCUUCGAAGCGAGGAAUGCCUCCGGACCUUCUAGGACAGGCCGGGCACAGGACCGCGAACCUACCCGCAUAACGCUGUCAAGGAGAAACCAGGUUCUCUGGCAGGAUUUCGUGCCCAAAGCUGCGCUCCUGGUGACCGGCAACCGCAACUUCUGGGCUGUUGGGUGCGAAGACGGAUCGCUUCACAUUUGGACAGCGGCGGGCAGAAGACUUCUGAAUGCCUCAAUCCUCGAAGCACAACCAGUCAUACUUGAUUGUAGGGGCUGGUGGUUGCUCGCCCUCACUGCUGUCGGUCAAUGCUAUGUCUGGAACAUCAGGAGCAUGUCCUCGCCUCACCCGCCUGUGAGCCUAGCGCCUGUGUUGGAUGCGGCGUCGACGAUGCAUGGACAGCAUUUGACGUCUGCUCCCAGUCUCAUGUUUGCACGGUUGAACAGCCUCGGUAGAGUGGUGGUUGGGAUGAGCAACGGCGAUGGUUUCGUCUACAACAGGGACAUGUUCGUCUGGCAACGAUUGAGCGAGAGCUGGUGGGCGGUGGGAAGCCAGUACUGGAACACCAUGGACACGUCUUCGUUGGCAGCAUCAAGCAUCAACCGGAAUGGUGGCGCGAAGAAUGACGGCGACGACGCUUUCCUCGACGAAAUCAACCCCGAAAACGUCUCAGCAGGCAUCAUCCCACUGCUGGAGCGCAACACCACUGCGCAGAGCUUGCUUAAGGGGCGCGCCUACUUCUUGCAAAGGCUUGUCAAGCAGCUCCUCAGUGCGGAGGGCUUCGAGGGCUUCGAAACGAGCGUAAGCAUCGCGCACUUGGAGAACCGCCUGGCUGCUGCUUUCACGCUCGGCGCCAAGGACGAGUUCAGAGUGUAUCUGGUCAUGUACGCCAAACGUAUCGGUGCGGAGGGCUUGAGAGGCAAGGUAGAGGAGUUGCUCAAGAGUCUGAUGGGCAGGAUCUUUGAGGACGAGGACGAAGUCGCCGGCAGUGAGAGUGCGGGUGCGCAGUGGGGCGAGUCGGAUGAGAUCGUCGGAUGGAAACGAGAGGAUUUGUUGAGAGAAGCGGUGAUGGUGCUUGGGAAGCAUCGCGACUUGCAGAGGAUUACGGUGCCUUAUGCGAGGUUCCUGGGCGUCUUGAACGGGUCCGACGGGGAGCACGUGAGUGCGGGGAUGAUUGCAAAGGAUUGAAGAGUUCUGCAGCCGCGUUAUUUCUUUCGUUGAGCCAGCGUGGCGUUGGACAGGAUCAUUGCAUUUGCCUGUGAGGAUGUAUUCUUCAUGGGAAUGCUGGGUACGUCGACUUUUUCAGUAAAGGCGCCUGAGGCGACUAAAU